GCGGCUGCCGCCCGCCCUCCGCCGCCUCCCUCCGAGGCUCGGGCGGGGCGGGCGGCCGGGGCGGGCCGAGCUCGGGCGGCUCCGAGCGGCGGCGGCGGAGGAGCAGGAGCUGGAGGAGAGGGGCUGAGAUGGCGGCGGCCCCCGUGUGGGGCGGCGGGGGGAACGGCAGCCAGGGCGAGGCGUCGUGGCCCGGGCAGCCGUGCGACGAGCGGCUGUGCUCGGCGCUGCCGGUGCGGGCGCUGAUCCCGGUGACGGCCGUGUGCGCCGGGCUCUUCGCCGUCGGUGUGGCGGGCAACGUGCUGACGGUGCUGGUCAUCUGCGGGCAGCGCGACAUGAAGACCACGACCAACCUGUACCUGGGCAGCAUGGCCGUGUCCGACCUGCUCAUCCUGCUGGGGCUGCCCUUGGACCUGUACCGCCUGUGGCGCUCGCGGCCGUGGAUCUUCGGGCAGCUGCUGUGCCGCCUCUCGCACUACCUGAGCGAGGGCUGCACCUACUGCACCAUCCUCCACAUCACCGCCCUGACGGUGGAGCGCUACCUCGCCAUCUGCUUCCCCCUCAAGGCCAAGGUGGUGGUCACCAAGCGCCGCGUCAAGGCCGUCAUCGGCGCCCUCUGGGCCUUCGCCCUCCUCUCGGCUGGGCCCUUCUUCUUCCUGGUGGGCGUCGAGCAGCCCGACAACCACACCGACUUCGGCCGCGAGUGCAAGCCCACCCCGCAGGCCCUCGAGUCCGGCCUGCUGGCCACCAUGUUCUGGGUCACCACCUCCUACUUCGUCCUGCCCGUCCUCUGCCUCAACGUCCUCUAUGGCUUCAUCGGCAGGGAGCUGUGGCGCAGCAAGGGGCACCUGCGGGGUCCCAGCGCAGCCCUCAGGGAGCGGGGACACCGGCAGACCGUCAAGAUCUUGGCUGUGGUGAUUCUGGCCUUUAUAAUUUGCUGGUUGCCUUUCCACAUUGGCAGGAUCAUUUUUAUAAACACCCAGGACACCAGGAUGAUGCUCUUCUCCCAGUACUUCAACAUCUUCGCCCUGCAGCUUUUCUACCUGAGUGCCUCCAUCAACCCCAUCCUCUACAACCUCAUUUCAAAGAAGUACAGGGCGGCAGUCUACAAGCUGCUGCUGCCGCACCGCUCCGCGGAAAGGGCCUUCGCGAUCACUAAAGAGGCUGGAGGCUACACGGAAACCAGCACUAGCAUGAGAAACAAGUAAAUGGCCGGCCUCUGAGGCUGCACCCCGGACGCCAGGCUUUUCGAGACGUUCCCUGCGAAGGAAAGGCGCUUCCUUUUCGCAGCGGAGCCAGGAAGGGUGGACGGCUGUCAGUGCGUGCGGUGUUUUAUAGCGCUUUGUAUUUUGAAAUACGUGUGUUUUUGCUAACAGAGCGAGCGUGGACCUUAAAAUGGGGAGAACGACGUGCGGCAAGUGAAAGGGAGCACGAGAGGGAAAGCUGGAGCGUAUUACCAGUAAAACUGAGGUUUAUGUUUGUUCCGUGUGGUUCAAUCGCACGUGUGUUCUCUACGAUUGGUCGUAUUGCCUAAGUAUCCCGACAUGGAGGACCGCAAGGCAAGGAGCAACUCCCGGAGAGCCUUUGCUAUUUUAAAAUGUUGUUCUUGUAAGGAGAGGGACACAAAAGGAACUGUGCAUCACCUCGAGCAUCCUUGGGAGAAGGGGAGCAUGUUUUUACCACCUGCUCUUGUAAUCGCCUAACUCUUCCCUUGGGGAACCGUCUUCUCGGUUAUUAAAGGGCUUAACCCUUCUGGUCUGACCCGUGCAAUCAAGUAGGAUCUCUUAAUUACUGGCAACC